AUGGAUUAUCUAUUUCCUUCAAGCAACAACGACACUUUAUUGACCUCUUCAAACAAGGAAGCAAAUAAUGAAAAUCUUGAUUCAAACCAUGACCAAGAGGCUGCGUUGUUUGGGCAGUUUCCGUUGCCUUUCCUUGAUGAGAUAUCUACUAGCCUAAUAAUCCAAAACCACCAACUGCAUCACCUUAGCACCGAUAAAUCAAAAACGUCCACAAACAGCACUGCAAACGAGCCUCCACCGCCACCAUCACCUGGUAAAACAAAGCGUGCAAGGAAGAAAAGAAGUGUUGGGAAAAUAUAUGUGUAUUUAGGAGACCAGAGUAAGUUUGCGAUUGUCUCUCCAUAUUCCAGAAAAUCAUGA